AGCAAGCCAUGGUCCACUCGAGCCUAUAUGUCAGGAUCGAAUUCGGAAUUAUAGCUAACCGCUUGCAUCUGGAAGCGAAAACGCGAUGUAAAAAUUUAUGGCGAAUCAUGGGCAUAUCAAUAGUCAAAUACAGAACAAGUAACCACCUGGACCGGUAUACUUUGGCGAGCAAACAUGACUCGGACACAAUAUUUUCAUGAGGAUGAAUACAUUCACCAAAAGAAUCGGCUUGGCUAGCUGAACACGAUUCAAUUACUUCUUCAAUUGCUACCGCCAUGGGUCUGUUUUUCCUCGAUUACGGUGCAGGCAAUGUCCAAAGUCUGGCAAACUCUCUCAGGAAACUGGGCUAUGAAUUCCAAUGGAUCAGAACAGCAGAAGACUUUGACAAGGCGACCAGUCUCAUCUUCCCCGGUGUAGGUUCUUUCGGUAGUGCAGUCACGGCACUUGAAUCCAAAGGCCUGUUAGAGCCUCUGCACAAAUACAUUGCUUCAGGUCGCCCGUACUUUGGAAUAUGCAUUGGCAUGCAAGUUCUAUUCGAGUCCUCAACAGAGUCACCAUCCGUUAAGGGACUCGGACUUAUUCCAGCAAAAAUCGACCUCUUCGACAAUGCGGACAAAACUGUCCCCCACAUGGGCUGGAACUCAAUAGAUUUGCUCGACAGCGCUGACAAGUCUGACGAAGGCUUGCUCGAGUCAUCUCACUAUUACUUCGUGCACUCAUACCGUGCAUCUUAUGACCCCGAUGGAAAUCCGGUGGCUGCACACUGGGUCCAUUCCACCACGCAAUAUGGUCAGGAGGUCUUCAUGGCAUCCGUACGCAAAGCCAACGUCUUCGGUACUCAAUUCCAUCCAGAGAAGUCAGGCGAUGCUGGCUUGAGAAUCAUCUCUGCCUGGCUAAGCGAGUCAGAGUCCGCAAGGUCAUCUGCGCCUCCGACACCUCGGAUACCACGACCGCCAAAGCCUCGAGAUGGUCUGACGAAACGUAUCGUUGCAUGCAUGGAUGUCCGAUCAAACGACGAAGGAGAUCUUGUCGUCACAAAGGGUGAUCAGUAUGACGUCCGAGAGAAGGCACCCGCUGCGCCAGGAACUAUUCAGGCCCAAGCAGAGGGUGCAGUUCGUAAUCUAGGGAAGCCUGUUGCGCUCGCCGCGCGAUAUUACGCCGCAGGUGCAGACGAACUUUGUCUCAUGAACAUCACUUCCUUCCGUCACUCUCCAUUACGCGACCAGCCCAUGCUCGCUGUCGUUCGCGCUGCAGCCGAAGAAGUCUUCGUUCCCCUCACCAUCGGUGGUGGCAUCAAAGAUACUGUCGAUCCUGAUGGCACCAAGCGAUCCGCACUUGAGGUCGCCGGACUGUACUUCCGUGCUGGAGCGGACAAAGUCAGUAUCGCAUCUGAGGCGGUUUACGCCGUUGAGCGGAUGCGCGCACGGCCAAGUCAAGAUGGUAUUGGUGAAGGUGAUGGUACGAGCGCGAUCGAGACGAUCGCCCAUGCUUACGGUCGACAAGCUGUCGUUGUGUCGAUCGACCCGAAGAGGGUCUAUGUCGACCUUUCUUAUGAUGGGCCUUACAGAGACGAAGUCAUUCGGGGAAGUCCUGGCACGGAAGAUGAGGCGAAAGCAUGGUGGUACCAAUGCACCGCCAGUGGCGGACGAGAGGUGCGGCCGCUGUCCGUUGUGCAACUCGCAAGAGGUGUAGAGAAACUCGGUGCAGGGGAGAUCCUACUGAACAGCAUAGAUCGCGAUGGCACCGGGAAAGGGUUUGACAUCGAUCUCAUCCAGCUGGUUCGCAAGAACGUCCGGAUACCCAUGGUUGCGAGCAGUGGAGCGGGAAGUGCAGCCCACUUCGUGGAGGUAUUCCAGAAAACCGACGUGGAGGCGGCACUCGCUGCUGGAAUUUUCCAUCGCGGAGAAGUUGGUAUCGGUGAAGUGAAAGAUGUAUUGAGUUCAGCUGGAGUGAAUGCAAGGAGGUGACAGAGAAACGGAAGACUGUAACAUGUAUCGUCAUAUAUCAUAGCAUCGUUGCAAUUGAGCAGUUUCAACG